AGGAAGCAGGAAGUGCGCACGGAGCAUGUAGCCAGCUUCGCUGCCGAGUAGAAGGGCGUAUGUGUCACAGAACUUUACAAACCGAAGUUAAGGGGUGAAGGCUGCCGAGGAUGGGUUGCUUUUUCUCCAAGCGGAAAACACUUGAGCUGGAGCAGAUGCCGGCUACAGUGGAAAACCAGGACAGGGGGAAUGCUGCGAAUACUAAGCAGCAGGACAACUGUGACACCCUCGAGAAGGUGGACCCUAAGGACUAUAUGCUGACUGGAGUGAAGGAUGCCACAAUUGGCCGUUUGCCCGGCAAAGUCAACGGUCGGCAGUUCGUUAUCCAGAACUGUGAGAACUGCAAUAUAUACAUAUUUGACCAUUCAGCCAGCAUAAACAUUGAGGAGUGUGUAAACUGUCGUAUUAUGCUGGGCCCGGUGAAGGGCUGUGUGAGCUUCCGCGGCUGCCAGGACAUUAGGUGCGUGGUGGCGUGCCAGCAGUUCCGUGCGCGAGACUGCGAAAAGAUGGACGUCUUCAUGUACAGCGCAACUCAGCCCAUCAUCGAAUCCUCCACGGGCUUCAGGUUUGGCUGCUAUCAGUACUACUACCCUGAGCUGGCCUUCCACUUUAAAGAUGCUGAGCUGAGCAUCUUCAACAACAACUGGAGCAAUGUUCAGGACCUCACGCCAGCCUCUGAUGAGGCCAACUGGAGUCUGCUUCCUGAAGAUGCUGUACUUCUGGAUUAUGUGCCAAUGCCGGACUCAGAUUCUGAGUUCAAGUCUGUCAGGGUCCUGACGGAUGCCAGUCGGAGCAUUGUACCCAUGACCCAUGGUUUGCGUCAGAAGAACAAUGAGGAGUCCUGUCUUUUUGUCUUCUUUUCUGGGGAUUACUCCACCGCCAAUGCCCGCAAACUCAUAGAUGAGGCAACUGGAAAGGGCUUCGGCCUGAUCCAGACAAAGGAGGUUUCAAUGCGCCCCGAAGAUGUCAGCAGAAUAUUUCAGAGCAAUGCAGAAGAUCUCACAGAGCUAAUAGCUAAAGGCCCAGUUGUGGCUCUGGAACUGAAUGGAGAUGGUGUCGUUGAAGCCUGUCGCAGUAUCGCUGAUGACGUGUUCAGUGAAACAAAGGUGUUUGUUUCAGAAAACAAAGAUUCCUCCUCAAAAGAUGUGGAAAACUUCUUUAAUUCUGAAGACAAGAAAAGGGCACUUUGAAAUUUCAGUUUUUGGAGAUAUUUGAUAUUCCAUUUCUACACGUAACAUAUGACAUUUAAGCAUGUCAUUAUUAAAUUUUUAACUUUUUAUGCCUCAAUCUAAAGCUUUAAUAUUUUUAAUAAUUUAUUCUAUGUGAAUUUCGAGUCUGUUUGUAGUAUAAAAUAUGUAUAGAGAGAUAUUUGUAUUAGCUUCAUUUUUGUAUUUUAUAACAUGAGUUUUAAAUUGCUGCAGACCUCUGGUUUGUCUGUGGAUUUGCUAGUGAUGCCCAUGCAUCUGAAGGUACGGAGUUUUAUACUUGCAUUGGGUGUCACAUCUCACGAUAAUGUAUUUUUUACUAGCAACUUUAUCAUUGGCAUUAUUGCCUUUUCUUUAACAUACUCCUUACUGUGUUGUUUGGAAAUCUUUUUUUUUAUUAUUUUGCUGUGAAUCUCUCAUUUUUUCUGUUGCAUUGUGGGACAUAAUUACAUUUAGAAUUACUUCAGAAGAUUAUAUUUCUCAUUUGUAGAGGAAUAUGGGAUUGAAUAUGUAGAAGGUGCAAGAAUAAUCAGACAAAUAAUUUUUAUAUCUAUAUAAGAUCUUAUUUACAUCCAUUUUCCAAACCUCUUAUCUGUCAGGAUUGCGGGAGCCUACCCUGGAAGCUAAGGGCACGAGGCAGGAAACAACCCAGUAUGGGGGACCAGCCCAUCACAGGGCACACUCACACACCAGUCACUCACACAUGCACACCUACAAGCAAUUUGGUAACUCCAAUAGCCCCAGCAUGUUUUUGGACUGUGGGGGGAAACCAGAGUACCCGGAGGAAACCCCACGACGACAUGGGGAGAACAUGCAAACUCCACACAUAUGUGACCCAGGCAGAGACUCAAACCCAGGUCCCAGAGGUGUGAGGCAACAGUGCUAACCACCAUGCCCCCCAUACACAUUCUUGUCUUAUUUUUAUUUUGUUUAGAUGUAUUCUUUUGAAAGCAAAAUAUUUACUGGUCUAGCCAUAGAUCAUUGACCCCAGUGCUAUAAACAAAGAUAUUGCACAGGCAGGAUUGUAAGAAAACAUUUACAUGUGCUUAGACAAACCAUGAAUGUUGCUGCUUAUUUGAUUAAAAAAAUAAUUUACAUUUUA